CUCUCUGUGGCAGCCCCUCAAAUAUUGGAAGACUGCUAUCUCUCCUGGUCCUUCUCUUCACUAAACUAGCCAUGCCCAGUUCCUGCAACCAUUCAUCAUAUGCUUUAGUCUCCAGUCCCCUCGUCAUCCUGGUUGCUCUUCUCUGCACUUUUUCUAGAGUCUCAACAUCCUUUUUAUAGUGUGGCAACCAAAACUAGAUGCAGAAUUGUAGGUGUGGUCUUACUAAGACUUUAUAGAGUGGUAUUAGUAUAUCCCUUGAUCUUGAUUGUAUCCCUCUGUUAAUGCAGGUUAGGAUUGCGGUGGCUUUUUUGGCACACGGCUGGCUCUUAUAUAACUGGUUGUCCACUAAAACUCCAAGAUCCCUCUCCCAGUUCCUGCUACCAAGCUGGACCUUGACCUGUUCCAGCAAGGGUAUGUCUUCUGAUACCCGAACGCAGCAAGUCUGUUGCAGACUCCAAAAGCAGACAGGCUAUUCAAAGAAAGCUUGGUGGUCUCCAUGGCUACAAGAAUGCUCCAGAAUCAGGGUUCUAGGUCUUGCAGAUGACAGCUUGGGAAACUGGCCGUGUCAACACAAUCCGUUGCUUGGCCACUGGACUGCUGCCUUGGAUCCCAUUUUCCAAGGGAGCCUUAUCUAACUUAGCACAGCAUUUUGGACAAUUCUGCAAAGCAAGAUUUUUUUUCUCUAAUGGCCUUCCCUUUUCUUUAUUCCUGGUGGCAUUAUUCCGAUCAAGGGCAGAUGGCCUCUGCCCACCACAAGGAAAUCCCUUGCGAGGAGGAAGAGGAGGAGGAUGAAGAAAUCUGCUGGUUCAUGGGAGAAAUGCUGCUUUUCUACUGUUUGGCUAUCCUCAUUCUAAAACUCGGUUCCCUCGCGGCGAAGAGGUUUUUCCAGAAACAACCUUGUGGGACUCUGUCUUGCAACUGGAAGGUCCAUUCGAAAGGCGGCCAAGGGUGCAGCUGCCAAUGUCACUGCAAGAUCACCCUCUGCGGCCUCUUCAGGAAGAUCUUUGGGGGGAAAGGAAACGAAGAAACGGGGGACCCCCCCGUCUCGCCCCCCAUGAAAAAGCGGCUGAAGAAGCGGCUCUCCCUGCUCAGCCAGCAGACUUUCUGCGACAGCGAUUCCUCCGGCACCGGCAGCCCCGAUUCCCAGUUAUCCUCCUGGAAGUGGAGCCAGACGGGCGACAGCGUCAGCAUGGCCAGCCGGAUGAAGAAGAAGCAGCAGCCGCGGACAGCAGCCAAGACCCCCAGGAACCCCGAGACCGCCUGGUUGAGGCAGCAGCCCUGCCUGCGUUGCAAAGCCAAACGGACGCGCGAAUGGCUGAUCCGGCACUUCUACAACCAAGAUUCCCCAUUGCAAAACAAGUAAAACUGAGGCCGGGCCAAAGAGGCUGCCGUUCGGGGAACCCCCCCCACUCCCGUGCUGGCCAAGUCACUUUGGGGUGGGGUGGGGGAGGCACCGCCUGCCACCUGCGGAGGUGGUUUGGUGGGCCUGCUGGGAUGGAGGGACAGAUAAAGCGUAUCAAUAAAAGAUAGAGAUGGAU